GAUUGAUACGCAGGAAAUUCUUGAGAUAACACCAGUAUUUAAAGGAAUCUUAACUGUAAGCUUAAAGCUUUUGAUAAAUAGAGCUAAAAUACAUAAGAUUGUGCUAUUGGAACAUGUAACUGAGUUUGAAUAAACAAAGAACAAGAUACUUAUUUCCGUGGCUGGAUAUGUAUUUGUAAUAUUGGUUUAAAUAAGUAAACAAAUCUCUUUUACAAUAUGCAUGAUAACCUUUACAGAAAGUAACCUAUUAACGACCUCGACAGUAAAUGCGCAGGCAGUUAAGAGCCCCUUUGAUUUAUGUUUUAUACUUGCAAAUGUGUUCCAAAUGGUCCGUUAAAAACAAAUGGUUCAUUAGAAGCGGACGGAUAUAAGUUGGUACAUUGUUUAUUCACAUGUUUUGUUGCUAACAUAGAAUGCUUGCCUUGCUAAUUGAUUUGCGGUUACUUCAAAUAACAGUUUCGCCCAAACAGAGCAAAGUGAAAAGCUCUGAUUCUAUCAGUUGAUUAUGAAUUGAAGGAUUAUUGCCAUUACUACGCUUAUUAGAGAAGUGAAUUGUAAUAUAAUGCACUCUGCAGGAAAGAUUAAAAUUAGGUCUCACAAGGAAACAUUUGGAUUUGAAAAUCAUGGAAAAACAAAACACGAACACGAACACAAAAUGAAAAGACACGUCAAUGAUGAUGGGCAGCUCAAACCCAAAUCCGUUGACUUCUUGCGCAACAAGAAUCGGACAGCCCACCGCACCAGUGACUACGAGAUUCCUAAUCUGAUAAUCAGAAGGGGCCACCAGUUCGACAUCAGUAUCACAUUCGACAGACCAUUUUCCUGCCAGGACGAUGAGCUUGUGCUGAAGUUUGUAACAGGCAGACAACCGCUCCAAAGCAAAGGCACGGUGGUUCCGGUGAGCCGAGUGGCGGCCCUGCGUGACCCAAUCUGGGCCUUCCAGCUGCUGAGAGUUGAGGACAAGGUGGCCCAUCUCAAAGUAUGCACUUCGCCGGAUGCAAUCGUGGGCAGGUACAAUCUCUUCAUCGAGACCACCCACAAGAACGAGCAGGGCGAGGUCGAGAAGUACAGAUACGCCCAGCCCGAUGACAUCUAUAUCCUGUUCAAUCCUUGGUGUCCAGAUGACCAGGUAUACAUGGAUGAGGAGACACAUCGCCAGGAGUACGUGCUCAGUGAGACCGGGCGGAUAUGGUUGGGAACUGUGGGUAAAUUCUGCGUCCGUCCAUGGAACUUUGGACAGUUCGACGAUGUGUGCCUCGUCGCUGCCAUAGCAAUCAUGGAGAAGUCUGAACUUGGCGAUCAAGCUCGAGGGAACGCUGUCUUUGUGCUCAGAGCGCUUAGUAAAAUAAUCAACAACAAUGAGCGCGAUGGUGGGGUGCUGGUCGGCAACUGGUCGGGGAAAUAUGACGACGGCGUUGCUCCUCACGCGUGGAACGGAAGUACCGCCAUAUUGGAAGAAUUCCUUAAGAAACGCAAGGGUGUCAAGUACGGCCAGUGUUGGACGUUUGCUGCAGUUGCAACGACGGUGUUUCGAGCCCUUGGCAUCCCCACUCGCUGUGUCACGUGUUUCCGGUCUGCGCACGACAGCGACUUUAGCUCGCCGAUGGAUUCUCACUGGUCGGUGGACGGUAAACCCAAGACCUCCAUGAACGAUACAGUGUGGGACUUUCAUGUCUGGAACGAGUCCUGGUGUAAGCGACCGGAUCUUCCGCCCGGAUAUGACGGUUGGCAGGCGUUCGACGCCACACCUCAGGAGUGUUUGGAGGGCGUGUUCACAUGCGGCCCAGCGUCAGUUAAGGCAGUAAAGCAAGGUGAAAUCUUCUACGGCUAUGACACGAAGUUCAUAUUCGCUGAGGUGAACGGCGACCGCGCGCACUGGACGGUGGACGGCGAGGGUAACAUGACGCCCGUGUGGCUCGAGCCCGCCAUCAUGGGCCAGUUUAUCAGCACCAAGGCCGUCAGCACGAUCUCCAGAGAGGACCUAACACAUGCAUACAAGUUUCAAGAGAAUUGCGAUGACAAAGAGGUGACUAUAGAGUUGGCAAGAAAGCUCAGUUCCAGACGUUACACGGACAUCGUCAACGCCAAAUCUUCAGACGUCAAGUUCUCCAUCCACACGGACAUGCAACGUAACGGCGACUUCAACGUGACUUUACAGUUCUCUAACACGUCAACGGAGACGCGCACGGUCGACUCGCACAUAACGGCACUCUCAUGCAGAUAUACCGGAAUAGCUACGUCUGAGAUGAAAAAUGAAUCAUCCUCGAUAGUUCUCGAACCAAAUACUGAACAAGAGUUAAGUCUGUCAAUGAAAUGCCACGACUACAUCGGCAACGUUGACUCGGACAGCCAUAUCAACAUCUACGUCAUUGCCUUCGUCAAGGAAACCAGUCAAAGAUUCAUCUUCCAAGAGCCCUUGUGGACAGAGAAACCGAAUAUUGAAAUUAAGACUGAAGGCAGCGCGCAUGUCGGGAAAUCGUUUGACGUGGUGGUGAAGUUGGUGAACCCCCUGGCGGUACCCCUGACUGGUGGACAUCUAAACAUCGAGGGGCCGGGCAUGCAGCGUAUUGCGUCCAUCAAAGUCAAAAAACCGAUUGGACCAGGCGAGGAGCUCCGAGAGACGAUUCAGAUGAAGCCUCGUCGACUUGGCAGAAAGGAAAUAAUCGUUAAUUUCCUGUGCAAGCAGCUUAGUGACGUCACUGGCGUUAUAGAAGUAGACGUCAUUGAAGAUACGCGUUCAUAACUGUAUUUUUAGAGGAUGUUCACACAUAAAAAACAGACCUCUUAAGACCUUCUUUCUGUCACGGAUCGCUUAGAUCGCCUUUUAAACAAUUUCAAUUUGCAUACCUUGUAGAUAGACUUGUUAAAUGAAGUACCCCGUUCAUGUAAACAACCUUUCAUUGGCGGUGAUAAUGACAGACUUGAUGCUCAGUGAUGUUGAUCUAUUAAGACGCAACUAUGCGAAUUUAAGGCGAUCAUGUUUUCACUGUAAACUUGCAUAUUAAGCUGUAAUAUUACACAAAUGUUCCUCGGAAAAUUGAUAAAUAAUUUUAGCAAUACUCUAGCGCGGACUAUCGUCACUUCGAUUAUCUGGUCAUAUUCAUAUGAAUCAAUCAUCAGGAGGGCAAUGUUCCACACUACGUUACUGCGUUAAUGCGAUCAACUUAAGGAUUUGUAUAUGUUUCGACGGAAAAGCCUUAUAUUCUCUUUGAAUGUAUUUACCUUAUAAUUGGCAACAAUCAAUUAGGACAACAUUAUAAACUGUUUAAAGUGAAUAUAUUUUUAAACACUCAUAUGGCAUUAAUCGGUGCUUCAUAAAAGUUUUUUUAACAGAAUUAUCAGUUUAUGUAUAAUGUGUUGUUCGGAAUAUCUGCUGAGGAACAAAUUUGUUCCACUCAAAUACAUAUGAGCUGUGCUCUGUGAAAAGGGGUUAAAUGCAUGUGCGAAAAAUGUCGUCCCAGAUAGCCUGUGCAGUGCGCAUAGGCUAAUCAGAGACGACACUUUCUGCUUUUAUAGAAUAUUUGUGUAAAGAUAGUCUCUUCUUAGCAAAAAUCCAGUUGAGCCGGAAAGUGUCGUCACUGAAUUUGGGAAGACACUUUACGCACAUGCAUUAAACCCCCUUUUCACAGAGCAAUGCCCAUAUAUAUAAAUAUAUUGUUCAACCUUAUAUGUAAUUUACCAGAAAAGUUAUAUUCUUAUUUCUCAUUUGCUUGUUUCAAUAGUUUAUUCUUUAUAUUGUAUUAUUUUUUUUAACAGAAUAGAAUAAAUUAUACACCCCAUUAAA